GAGAAGCAGCUCUUAGACAUUUCGUGAAAUUAAAAUCAAUUAAAGAGCUUAAAUUUCAUUGCGAAAAAAGAAUUUCUCUAGUUGCUUUUGCUAAAUUUACUUUAAAUAUUAAGGCAAAAAAUUGUUGCUCACUUUCGGCUUAGUUGAAAAUCAAAUAUAACUUAGAGAUAGUAGUAUAACUAGGUAAUACUAAUAGAAAAAGAGUGAGAAAUGUGAUUAUUGAAAAGAAAAAAAAGAGAGCAAUUUGAAAAAAUAUUUAAUCUUAAUAAGUAAAAUAUUUAAAAUAAAAUCAUGCAGUGGGAAGGGAAUCAAAACGACAAAAUACCUGUCGGUAGUCCACUAGAACACAUCAAAAGAAUAAGAAAUUUGAAGAUGCAAGGGAAAAAGGCUACAGCAAGUUUAAUACACCAAGAAUUGUCAGCAAAUGAUCAUUCUGAAACUUUAACUAUAAUGCUUGACGAUCUGCUAAGCCCAGAAAAAGUUAUAAGCGACUCAGAUAAUAUUGAAUGGUGUAAAUGGAUUAUUGCAAGUGGAAAAUCUCCCAAUGACUUCUCAACUCAAGUUCGUGGAUAUGAUAAUCAUGCUAAGUGUGGUCUUGUUUGGGUGCCUCAUGUAGUCGCUUACCGUUGUCGUAUUUGUGGCACGUCACCGUGCAUGUCAAUAUGUCGCGAUUGUUUUAAAAGAGGAAAUCAUAAAAACCACGAUUUCAACAUGUUUUUGUCACAAGCUGGAGGUGCUUGUGACUGUGGUGAUACAUCUGUUAUGAAAACAGAAGGAUUUUGUAGUGACCAUGGCAUAAAUAAUUGUGCACAUAAAGGUCCUGUUCCUCCUGAUUUGAUGUGUGUUGCAAAAGCGAUGAUGCCAAGAUUAUUGCUACGAUUGUUACUUCAUUUUCGAGAUCAUCAUAGCAAUCGAGGUCAUUCUUAUAACUAUGAGCGUGCAGCUAAAGACUGUGAUGAAUAUUGUAGCAUGCUUAUGGACUUUAAUAAUAUGGGAGAGCUUAUGAGAAGAAUAAUGACACAUUCGUUGAUUGAUCCAGAGGUUUAUAAAAGACUUGUUAAAUCGCCAUUUCCGAAAAAUAAGUUUGGUCAAUAUAUGAUUCAAAGUAGUCGAAAAUAUGAAGAAGCUAUAAAAAUGUUCCCAUGUCCAGAUCCACCAGAAGAUCGAAUUCCUUGUGUAUUGGAAAUGUCGGAAGAUGCCGACACGAUGAGUAAUCGUGUUGUUCAUGUUAGUGUUCAAUUGUUUUCGAAUGAAAAUCUUGCUCUUAAAAUGGUAGAAGAACUUAAUCUACUUCAUGUCAUGAUCAUCAGUUUGAAGUCAAUGGUUUCGAAGAUUUUAAUACCAAAUACUUUACAUGAUCCAGAAAAGAAUUUUCAUUUUGUUAUUGAUUGUGCUAAGAAAGUCAUGAAGGAGCAUUGCUAUUGGCCACUUGUAUCAGAUUUUAACAACGUUUUGUCACAUGAAAGAGUUGCUCUCGUCUUUUUAAAAGACGAUAACUUAAUCGAUAUGUGGUUUCAAUUUUUAUCAAUGCUUCAAGGAAUGAAUGUUAACAUUCGGGAGACUUCAAGUCAUGUCGAAUUCGAACCAAGCUCAUAUUAUGCAGCAUUUAGUUGCGAAUUAGAAGCGAGUGCGUAUCCAAUGUGGUCAAUAAUUUCACAUUUAAAAGAUGGAAGUUAUGCUGAGUUGUCAAAGAAAAUUAUGAACUAUUUGGUCAUUUACUUGCAAGAAUGGCUCGACGCUGUAAACUUUCAAUCGCCUCACAUGCCGAGUAGCGAAAUGAUGCAUGCUUCGUUUCAUUUCCCACUCCAUCGUUAUCUUGCUGCGUUUAUUUAUCAAGCUGUUAAAACAAUGAAUAUUCCGCUGAAUGACAUUCUACCUGGAUCUGAAACCAUCAAAUUACUUAUGAUUCAUCCCUUACGUGUUCAGUGA